AUGGUGGAGUUAGCAAAUCAGCAUGACCUUCCUUGGAUAAUAGGAGGGGACUUUAAUGUCAUAGUCUCUGAUGAGGAGAAGCAAGGUGGUCUUCCAGUCUCAUCCAAUGAGACACUGGAUUUUUCUACUUGUAUACAAAGUUGUGGUUUGAUUGAUGUAGGAUUCACUGGAAGCAAAUUCACCUGGUGGAAUGGGAGAACUGAAGAGGAGUGCAUUUUUAAAAGGUUAGAUAGAAUACUGGUGAAUCAGCAAGUUCUAGACAUCAUGCCAUCUACAGCAGUGACUCAUCUGAUUAGACAUGGGUCUGAUCAUGCACCACUACAUCUUGAGUGUAAUAGCAAUGCUCAUCAUAUUGUCAAGUCUUUUAAGUUUCUCAACUUCUGGACAAAUCAUCAUACAUUUAUGGAGGUGGUAAAGGAGAACUGGACUGCUGACUUCUGUGGAAAUCCAUUUUAUGUAUUUCAUCACAAGUUGAAGAAACUUAAAAGAGUACUGGUUCAAUGGAGCAGGAACACUUAUGGGAAUAUUUUUCAGCAGAUUGCCACUAUAGAAGAUACUAUAAAGGUGAAGGAGUUGCAAUUUCAAAAUAAUGCUUCAAGGGAGAAUAGAAUGCAGUUACAUCAGGCACAGGCUGAACUAACCAGAUUUUUACACUUGAAAGAGGAGUAUUGGGAGCAGAAAGCUGGUAUGAAAUGGUUUAAUGAUGGAGACAGAAAUACAAAAUUCUUCCAUUCAUAUGUGAGGGGCAGGAGGAAUAAAUUGACUUUGAAAAGAAUACAAGAUCAGUGGUACAUGGCUAGAAAAUGA